CGAAAUUUCAACAUAACCUAUUUAGCAGUUCUAUAGAAAUGAGCAUGCUACACAUUGAAAGUACGAAGAAUUUUCAUCCUCUAUAACGACUUUGGCGUCAUGGCUAUGGCGAAAAUUAGUUUAUACAAUUCGACAGUUUGUCGAUUAUGUGCCGAAGAAAAUAACAACGGUGAAAUAUUAUUUACCGAUGAUUCCGAAGAAACAGAUCUGAGUGUGAUGAUCAAUCGUUAUCUGCCGUUGAAGGUCUACAAUGAUGGCAAACUACCCCGUACCAUAUGUCCUGGUUGUAAUAUACAAUUGGAAGCAACUGUGCAAUUUUUUCAGUUGCUUGUUAAUGGUCAAAAUAAAAUACGAGAAAUGUGGAAUGAACAAGUUGAAUUUGAUAAAAAGUGCAAAAGAGAACAAUUCAAAUAUAAAAAUAUUAAUAUUAAUUUAGCCACUGAGUUGACUAAUGAAGAAGAAGAAGAAGAUGAUACAACUAUUCAAUCAAAUGAACAUGAAAUUUUCAUUAAUGUAAUUCCUGAUGGUUCUGUAUAUGCCGCUGAUCAUGAUUUGAGCUUACAAAUGGAAGGUUUGGAUAGACCAAAAAAAAAAAGAGGACGCCCUCCAAAAGAAUUAUUGGAUGAAGAUUUUCAAGAAAUUAACAAAAGUGACUAUGCUGAAGAUAUGAGCCAGGAUGAUGAAGAAAAACACGAUGAAGAAUAUGAAGUUGAUGGGAGAAGAAGAAGAAAACGUAAAGUACCCAAGAGAUACAUGGAAAGCUUACAAGGUAAAGAAUUGGAUAAAAUCUUUAAAGAAGAAGGUGUAUAUGAUGAUGAUUAUGAUGGAGCAUCAAUGAAACAUGAAGUCGAUGAAGUAGACUUGAAUAUUGCAACUUUAGACAGUAACAGUGAUACAGAAAUUAUUGGUCAUUUGGAAACUAUUGAAGGUCAACAUUUGAAUGAAUUAGUUGUUAUCAAUAAAAAUAAGUGCCGUCAAAAAUCAAAAUUAUUAAAAUCAAAAGCAAAAAGAAAACAUAAAUUUAUUUGCUUAUAUUGUGGAAAGGGAUUUUUACAACGUAGCAAAUACAUCAUUCAUAAAAGUCUUCACAAUAAAAUCAUAAAAUAUAAGUGUAUCCAAUGUGAAAGUCUAUUUUUAAAUGCAGAAGAAUUAAGAGUUCAUCAAAAAACAGAGUGUCAUUCUGGAGAGAAAAUAAUUGAAUGUAAUGACGAAGAAAUUGCUUUAGUUGUCAGUUCUAAUGGAAAUUUCAAUGUUAAAUCAAAUGAUGCUGAUGACAUGAUGGAAAUUUCUGCUAAUAUUUCACAUCCCACACCCGAUAUUGCUUUUGUAAAUUCUGAAAGUCAUGAUCAAUUAAAAGAUGAUAUCAAUAAUAUGGAAAGUAUAACUGAAGAAGAAACAACUCAAGAUCUAGAAUGUAGAGAUAAUGAUAGUUCUCACAAGUGUGAAAAAUGUAACAAACAUUUUCAAUCAAAAGAUAGUUUUGAAAGCCAUGUAAAAGUAGUGCAUCAUGGACAAAAACCUUUUGUAUGUGAGAUAUGUCACAAAGCAUUUGCUUAUGACUCAAGUCUGAAAGGUCACAAGGAACUCGUUCAUUCAGUCAGUAAAACUGAUAAAGGAUUUCCAUGCGACGUAUGUGGAAAAGUCUUGAACCACUCAAGCUCUGUUAUGUACCACAAAAUAACUGAACAUAAUGGCCGUCGUUUCGUUUGCAAUAAAUGUGGAAAAAGCUUCAAACAUAAGCAGCUUUUACAACGACACCAACUUGUACAUUCGGAAGAUAGACCUUACCCAUGUAAAUCGUGCAAUGCUUCAUUUAAAACAAAAGCUAAUUUAUUGAACCAUCAAUCAACACAUACUGGUGAAAGAAAACAUGCAUGUGAAUUGUGUAAUCAAAAAUUUGCCCAUAAAACCAGUCUAACUUUACAUUACAGAACACAUACUGGACAAAAACCAUACAAAUGCGAUGUCUGCUCUAAAUGUUUUUCUCAGAAUGGCAAUUUACAAGAACAUAUGCGAAUUCACACAGGUGAAAAGCCAUACUGCUGUGAUCAUUGCGGUCGUAAAUUUACAACAUCUUCACAAUUUAAGUUACACGUUAAACGUCAUACCGGUGAACGCCCGUGGAAAUGUGAUAAAUGUACAAAAUCAUUUUUACACAAAGACACUUGGAAAUGUCACGUUCGCAGACAUAAUGGAGAGCGACCUUUUGUUUGUAACCACUGCAAUAGAGGUUUUACUGAACAAUGGGCUCUGAAAAAACAUUUACGAUUUCACACAGGAGAGAAGCCAUAUAGCUGUGAAGUUUGUGGAAAAGCUUUUGCCGAUUGUUCUAAUUUAACCAAGCAUAAGAAGGUGCACAAAAAAAUAUCAGAAUCUGAAGAAUUUCUGUCUGAAGGAAUGUGGCAAAUUUUACCAAGCGUGACGGAAUCAAACGCAAAUACACUUGAAAAUAUAACUCAAGUUAUAACAACAGACGAAGUUUCGGAAGACGGUAUGCCACAAAUUGUAUACGUGGCCUACGAAGAUGUCGAAAAUUCGAAUGAACCAACUUUGCAAUUUGAUAAAGAUAACACUUUGGCUAGUAGACAUGAGUCAAACUUAAACAGUAAUUUAGAGGAAGAAGAUCAAAUUCAAGCAGAUUCUAAUUUGCAGCUGCAAAUAACAGAUGAAGAUGGCAAUGCAAUACCAUUAUCAAUGCAAGCAGCGCAGCAUUUCUUUUCUGGAGGACAGUUUUUCAGUCAAUUAAAUGGAGGUCAAACUAUAAGAAUCCAAAGUAUGGUAACUCUAUCAGACGUUGAUGAAAUUGCAGAAAGUAAUGAAAAAGAAAAUAAUAUAUCGGAAAUAUCUACUGUUUCUACAAUUCAGACUGAUGCUGAAGCUAUUGUUAAAGUUUUAGAGGAUGAAGAUCCCGAUACAUCUUCUGUGGCCAAUAUUAAUGAGAUCGACUCAAACGAAAGACUGGAACUAUCUGAUGGUCAACAAACCAUAGAAUUCAUUACGCAAGAUGGCCAGAAAGUGAGACUGCUUACUGCUAUGAGUAUAGAUUCAUCGCAUGUAACACCAGAGUACCUAACUAUUUAAUCAAAUGGCUCAUUUAGUUCGAGUUGAAAAUAAGAAUUGUUCCGAUUGUUAUAAAGUUCCUUAUAGUGCUAAGCUAUAAUUAGGCAUCAAAUAAUUUAUAUUAAUAAUUUUUUCGAAUUAUUAGAAAUAUGCUUAUUACUCAUCGAUAGUAUGCGUGAA